UGUGUGUGUGUGUGUGGAUCUGAUUCAGCUUUAGCUCUGAUGAAUCAGCUGAAGCGUUAAAGCGCGCGCUGCUUGCUGACCCCGCCACAAUCCACAGGGAUGCCAUUUUAGUGCGGAUCUCCGGACGCAUAACCGAGCAUCAUGCGCCUCCUCCUCUCCUUCUCCUCUUUCCUCCUCUUCCUCGUCUCCGUCGUGUCCGGAGCCGAGCCGCGAGUUCGCUGUUCCGACGUCUGCGACGUGAGCGCGUGCCCGAGCCCGAGCUGCCCGGCCGGUUACGUGCCGGACCGCUGCGGCUGCUGCCUCGUGUGCGCGCUGGGCGAGGGCGCGCCGUGCGGUGGCGCGCAGCAGCGGCGCUGCGGGGACGGGCUGGAGUGCAGCGGCUCGGGGGGGAAGAGGGUCUGUCAGUGUAAGCAGAGCUACAGAGUUUGCGGCAGCGACGGCAGGACCUACAGCAGCCCGUGCCGGCUGCGCGCGGCCAGCAGGAAGGCGCAGGACAGAGGACAGCGCGCCCUGACGCAGGCGCACAAGGGCCCGUGCAGAUUAAAACAUAAUAUAGGUUCCACACACCCCAACAGCCCCAGGUACAAGUUUAACUUUAUUGCUGAUGUUGUGGAAAAGAUCGCCCCUGCUGUGGUCCAUAUUGAGCUCUUUGUCAGCCAUCCUCUGUUUGGACGCCAUGUGCCAUUGUCCAGCGGUUCAGGCUUUAUCAUGACAGAAUCUGGUCUGAUCGUGACCAAUGCUCAUGUGGUGACCAGCAGUGCUACAGUAACAGGCCAUCAGCAGCUACGUGUGCAGCUCCACAAUGGCCAAACAUAUGAGGCCUCCAUCAGAGACAUCGACAAGAAAUCUGACAUUGCUACAAUCAAAGUCAACCCAAAGAAAAAACUGCCAGUGCUGCCUAUGGGUCGCUCUGCUGACCUUCGUCCAGGCGAGUUUGUGGUGGCCAUCGGCAGCCCGUUUGCUCUGCAGAACACAGUGACCACAGGCAUCGUUAGCACAGCGCAGAGAGAUGGGAAAGAACUUGGCAUCCAAGACUCAGACAUGGACUACAUCCAGACUGACGCCAUCAUUAAUUAUGGAAACUCAGGUGGUCCACUUGUUAACCUUGUGAGUAGCUGUCAAAUAUCAGUUUGCUUGUUCUUAGAUUUACCUUUCAAAUAUCGCAUCACAAUUAUAUUGCCUGAUGUCUUACCCUGUCUUGAUCAGGAUGGCGAAGUGAUCGGGAUAAAUACACUGAAGGUGACAGCUGGGAUUUCCUUUGCUAUUCCGUCAGACCGUAUUAAUCGAUUUCUAGAUGAGUCUCAUGACAAGCACAAAGAUGUUACAUCCUCAAAGAAAAGGUUCAUUGGCAUUAGAAUGAUGACCCUCACUGAGGACCUGGUUGAAGAGCUAAAGCAGCACAAUCCAGAUUUCCCAGAUGUCAGCAGUGGAAUUGUGGUUUAUGACGUCAUUCCUGAUUCCCCAGCGCAAAAGGGCGGGCUCCAAACAGGUGAUAUCAUCGUAAAGCUGAAUGGCCGUCCAUUGUUCAGCACAGAUGAUUUACAGUUUGCACUUCAGGAGGACACACCUCUUCUUCUGGAAGUUCAUCGCGGCGAUGAUGAUCUACUGUUUAACAUUGAACCACACAUCAUCAUGCAGUGAUUGAGGUGGGCCCUGUCUGGGGACUAAGAUGGGCUUAGACAAUGAGGAUGUGAAGGAAUGCUGAAGGAACUUAACUGAGACCAAAGGACUGAGUUUCUACAGCCAGCACUAUUCAAUGUUGAAUACCAGGAAGUGCAAUAAAGGUGCACCACCAACCAAGGGACAGACAAAACCAGCAGUUUGUAAAUGAUGACUACUAAAGUACUGCAUUAUUUUCCUAGUGUUUCUAAAUGCAACUGAAUCCUCAGAAUGCCAAUCACAGUGGUGCUGCUCUUGGAGACAUCUGAAUAUGAUGGAGUCAUACAGUCAGUCACUGGAGCCAAUUGUCUGUGUUUGUAUCCUUGCCCCUCACUUUAAACAACCUGCAUGAGAUAUUCAUCAAAAUUACUGAAUGAAUAUGCUACGUAUUUUUAAUUGACCUGAUUCUGGAACGCUGUGAUAAGUUCUUGGCACAUGCGGCAGAAUUGUAGUCCAUGCACCCUGAUGCAAGCAGGUCUUUGCAUAUGCUAUAGCUUUUCUGCUCAUGUUUUUUAUCGAUGUGCUUACACUUUAUAGAAACUGAUAGAAAAAAAAUAUUCAGUAUUCAUAUUGAAUGAGUAAAAGACUAAUUGAAUGUCAAAAGACAAAUGUACACAAAACUACACAACCAACGAUAUCAGUUCAUCAGAAUGAAGUGCUACUGUUUAGGGCCAAACUUUU